AUGGCUUCAACGAUGUCCUUAAGGAAAAGAACCCUAGCUCCGAAGCCGAUAUCCGGGGAGUCCAGAUCCAAAUCAAAGAAAGAGGAAGGUUACGGUGAUGUGUGCUGUGAGAAUUGCGGGUCGGGUGACCGGGCUUCGGAGCUUCUGCUUUGUGAUAAAUGUGACCGUGGGUUUCACCUUUAUUGCCUGAGACCCAUUCUCGUCGCUGUGCCCAAAGGUUCCUGGUUUUGCCCCUCUUGUUCCAAGGACCACAAACCUACCGGCUUCCCUCUUAUACAAACCAAAAUUGUUGAUUUUUUCCGCAUUCAGAGGUCUUCACCAUCUGCAGACAAGCUCAAUCCAGAUAGCCGAAAGAGACGAAGGCGAAGUUCUGGCUUGGUGGUGUCAAAAAAGAGUAGGAAGUUGUUGCCAUUUAAUCCCAGUGAAGAUCAUAUUAGACGGUUGGAACAAAUGGCAUCACUGGCUACAGCAUUAACAGAAACUGAGACGCAGUUUGUUAACGAGCUCACUUAUGUCCCUUGCAUGGCCCCGAAGUCAGCUAAUUGUGCUUCACUUGAGAGAGAAGGAAUGCAGGUUUUGUCAAAAGAAGAUGCAGAAACCUUGAGUAUGUGCAAGAAUAUGAUGGAACGAGGGGAAUGGCCGCCGCUCAUGGUUGUGUUUGAUCCCCUAGAAGGAUUCACUGUGGAAGCAGAUAAAAAUAUAAGAGAUUUAACAAUAAUUACCGAAUAUGUUGGAGAUGUUGAUUACCUGAGGAAUCGUGAGAACGAUGAUGGAGACAGCAUGAUGACUCUUCUCUCUGCUGCUGAUACUUCAAAAAGUCUAGUCAUCUGCCCGGAUAAACGCAGUAAUAUUGCUCGCUUUAUUAAUGGAAUCAACAAUCAUACAUCGGAUGGUAAAAAGAAACAGAACUUAAAAUGUGUGAGAUUCAAUGUCAAUGGCGAGUGUCGUGUGCUGUUGAUAGCAAGCAGAGACAUUCGAAAGGGAGAGAGAUUGUAUUACGACUACAAUGGGUAUGAGAACGAAUACCCAACCGAGCAUUUUCUCUGA